GCCUGCGCUCCCGGGGGACGCGCGGCCGCGGGCCGGGCCGCUCCAUGGCCAAGCGGCGCGCGGAGCCGUUGGUGUGUCACGUGCCCUUCAAACGCCGCCUGCCCGAGCCGCCGCCCCGCGCCGCCGCCGCCGCCGCGCCCGAGCGGCGCCCCCGCCCCGCGCCGAAGCGGCAGCUGGAGGAGGCCGAGGCGCCGCCGGGGAAGCGGCCCGGGCUGCGGGGCGGCAGCCCGCGGGCGGAGCCGGGCGAGGCGCCGGCCCGGCGGCGGCGGCGCGAGGGGCCCGCGGCGGCGCCGCAGGAGGCGGGAGGCGCAGGGGGCCGCGGCAAGGAGCGGGCCGCCGCCGCCCAGCAAGAAGAAGAAUUUUGUCAAUAUAAUUCAUUUCUAUAUUGGAGAACACCGUUGCCUACUCUUGAUUUAUCUGACAUUCAGGAUCUAGAUGGAGAGACUGCACCGGAAACUAAAACUCCUUCAAGGACUGAUACCAUGGAGACUGAAAUGGAGACCUGAUCAGUUAUUUUAUAGCUGUACAUCUAUUUGCAUGAAAGCAAAUUUUUCUAUCUGGGAGAACAAUUAGCAUGCUUCUGACUUUUUGAAGAAAAAGUGUUAAUAUCAGUCUGCAAAAGCAAGAUUGAGUUGUCUAAGCUGGUGAAAGAAUCACUCUUAAAAACUUACCAGUAAGCUGGCUGGAGAGGUAAUUAAUCUAUCCAGUGAGGAAGAUGCUAUGCUUGUCUAGCCAGAAUGCUUGAAAACAUGGAAGCAAACGAAAAGAAAAUGACGGAAAAUUGUAACUGGAUGUUAUUUUUAAGAAACAGCUUGAUAUGUAACAUACAGGAAAGAAAUGGAAAAUCAUUCCGCCUGUCGUGAACAAAAAGUUGUAAUUGUAAUACAUGGAAGUGAAAUCUUUAUCUUGUGGAUUUAUUUUAAAACAUAUUCCCCAGAACUGCAGAAUUUCCUAGUGCAUUUUUUCCCUUUAAUAGCUAAACCAAAAAAUAAAGAUCCCACCAAAACCAAACUGAACAUUCCCUUUUCUGUGCAAACCAAAACCAGCUGUGGUUGGGAGGGGGAAGAAAAAGGGAUUCUUUUCUUCUGAAAGCUGUUAGUGUUCUCAGAGUUGCUUCACAGUCUCCUAGUGAUCGCCCAAAGCAAUGAGCCGCUAGCUUUUGGGGUUUUGGUCCAUUCCCAAGUUAAUGCUAUUCUUACUCUUCAUUACAUUAGCCCUGAACCAACUAGUAAUGCAAUGAUAGGCAUGUGCAAAGCUGUCAAGAAAAGUUAGUGCAGUGUAAAAUUAUCAUGUACGCUUUUUCAAACUUAACUGACUGAGGUCCAGUUUUUGCAGACUACAGAUCUUGCAGUUUCUUUUUUUUUUUCCCCCACAAGUUCAUUGAAUUAUUGGAUCUUUAUUGUGAAUGAUGACGUUAAUCCUUAUCUUUUUUUUUAAUUUAUAAUAAAAUACUUAUCUCCGAUAAUAGACUGAAAUUUAAAGUUGUAUUGACAGACUGUCAGACCUUGAAAAUGUGAUUUGUAUUUAAGUAGAGUGAGUACAUCUGGGAUUUUUGUUGGGAUCAUCUCCGAAUAAGGCAACUUGUGAAUUUUUAAUAAUGUAUUUGUUAACAAUAAAGUUUUGCCUUUGUGUGUUAGAA